GGGCGUUCGGGUUGGGGGGUUCGGCCCCGGGCUCCCCGCACCCGCUCCCGUCCGGGUCUCGCGGCUUGAGCCGCUCUCAGCCCCGCGUCUGGCCCGCAGCUGCUCGGGCCUGGCUGCCGGGCCUGACAGCGACGGUGAGGCGGUCCUGACCCCUCGGUGCGGGGUGCAGGCACGCCCCGGGUCAGUGGGACUGUGGGGAGAGCGGGCAGGCCUCAGCUCUCAGGUCCGCUUCCCGGGGCCGCGCACCCCGGCGGCGACUGCAAACUUUAGCGCCUCCGAAGUUGCUGAGGUGCGUGAGGCCGCGAGGCGAGCGGGGGACUGGAAGCCGCCGGCUCGGAGCGGGGCCCCUCCGCGGCUUCUAGCGCCCAAGUUUGCCGGCGCAGGUCCCUUUAAGGGCCCGGCCCUCCGCGGGGCGCACGUGAGCGGCCUCAGGAAGCCUGCGCCGAGCCACAACUCCGACGCUUGCGGGCCAAGGAAGCAUCUGCCCCUGCCCGGACCUCUGACGUUAGUGGAAACUGAGGCCCAAGAGAGUGCACACGCGGCCCAAGCGUUGGAGUACCGGAGCCCUGCUGUACUGGAUGCUAUGAGUUGCUAAAAGUGAGCCUGGCUUUUUAGCUGCCUUGGGGUGCUGAGAGGGAGUCCCAGAACCAUGCCGGAUCUGCUACUACUGGGCCUGAUUGGGGCCCUGACUCUGCUGUUGCUGCUGACGCUGCUGGCCUUUGCUGGUUAUUCAGGACUGCUGACUGGGGUGACAGUGAGUGCUGGAUCACCCCCAAUCUGCAACAUAACUGUGGCCUACAAGUUCCAUGUGGGCUCCUAUGGUGACACUGGACAGCUUUUCACGGAGAGCUGCAGCAUCUCUCCCAAGCUCCGUUCCAUCGCUGUCUACUAUGACAACCCCCAUACGGUACCUCCUGAGAAGUGCCGUUGUGCGGUAGGCAGCAUCCUAAGUGAGGGAGAGGAGUCUCCUUCACCUGAGCUCAUCCACCUCUAUCAGAAAUUUGGCUUCAAGGUAUUCUCCUUCCCAGCACCCAGCCACGUGGUGACAGCUAGCUUCCCUUACACCACGCCCAUGUCCAUCUGGCUGGCUGCCCGCCGAGUCCAUCCUGCUUUGGAUACCUACAUCAAGGACCGGAAGCUGUGUGCUCAUCCUCGGCUGGAGAUCUACCAGCAAGACCAGAUCUAUUUCGUGUGCCCACUGGCACGGCAAGGAGAUUUCUACGUGCCAGAGGUGAAGGAGACAGAGCGGAAAAGUCGGGAGCUUGUGGAGGCCAAUGACACCCAGAUGGAUGGCACAGGAGCUGACACAAGUGAUACAAGUUCUGUAAGCCUGGAGGUUCGCCCUGGCAGCCGGGAGACGUCAGCCACCACAUUGCCUCCCGGGGCAAGCACCCGCGGCUGGGAUGACGGCGAUACCCGCAGCGAGCACAGCUACAGUGAAUCGGGUGCCAGUGGCUCGUCCUUUGAGGAGCUGGAUCUGGAGGGCGAGGGACCGUUGGGAGAGCCCCGACUGAGUCCUGAAGCCAAGCCUCUGGGGGCUGCUCGGGAGCUCAGCACCCCUGAGAGGGGUGAGGAGUAGCCACGAGCCCUCAGCCCUCCUGUGGUGCAUUUGCUAAGGAACUGAGCAAACUCUCCAGCCCUUUUUUCCCUUAACCUGCCUAGCUUGGGCUGGGAGUACCAGCAGCCUGAAUUCUCCCACCCCAAGCCUAAACCUCCUCACUGUCCUUUUGGCUCCCAGGACCGAAGGAGCCAGAGACUGUUAUCUGCACCAGCCUCCUGGGCUGCUGACUUUUUGCAGACUCAUAUUGGAGCUUCCAGAACCCAGAAUAACAGAAUAAAGUGAAUUACUUUCUUGUUUCA